UCCUGCGGGCGGGCCGGCGCGGGCCCGGGGGACGCGGCGGCGGGCAGACACUGCGCUGCGCUCCGCCAGCCGGCAGCAUGCGGCCCCUGCUCUGCGCGCUGGCCGGGCUCGCCCUGCUCCGCGCCGCCGCUGCUGAGCCCUCUGUGUCCUCCCGUGGAGACCCGGCCUGGAACGCGGGGUGUGACAGAUACAUGGCUGUCCACGACCGUUUAGACGUCAUAGAGGAGACGGUGGAGAAGACGGUGGAGCACCUGGAGGCAGAAGUGAAAGGCUUGCUGGGGCAGCUGGAAGAGCUGGCCUGGAACCUACCCCCGGGGCCCUUGGGCCCCAUCCCCGACCUCUUCGGAGACGAUGGCUUUGGAGCACCCGAGCCUGCCCUGCCCAGCAGCUGGAAGUGACACACACGAGUGUGGGACAGCUCUCCUCUGAGAACAGAGCCUGCCUUCCAGCCAGCCUUCCUCAGCUUGGUGCAAGAUAAAAGCUACUCCCUUGUGUCCCCCACCCCCUGCCCCGUGUAGGCUGACAGUGACCCCUAUAGCCACAGCCCCUUCUCCAUCGACUCCCAGGCUCUAACGCCCAGCCCACGUCCUCCUGGGGGCUCAGUCCUCCUGGAGGCUCAGACCGGGGAGACCCCGGGGGGUCUGUGCUGCUGCCCUCCUUAUUUACAGGGGCAGACAGGGCAGGAGUUGGCUCAGAAAUGAGGCACCUGAGUUCCAGAGAAGGUGACACAGCACAAGGGCCCUCAGAGUAGCCUCCCUACUCAAACUGUGGCCAUCUACGAGCAGCAGUGGCCUCACCUGGGAGCCUGUCAGAAACGCAGAAUUUGGGGCCCAACCCAGAGCUCCCGCAUCAGAAUCGACAUUUCAGUGAGAUCCCCAGGGGAGAUGUGUGCAAAUCUGUGUGCGAUUUUUUAAAGUUUUCUCUUGAGGUAAAAUUCACACAACAUAAAUUUCAAAAUUUUGAUCAUUUUCAACGGUACCAAUUCAGUGGCUUCACAUGGUUGUAUGCUAAUUCCAGAACGUUUUCAUCUCUCCCCAAAGACACCCUGUACCUAUAAGCAGUAACUAACCACUGCCCCUCCCACCAGCCCUCGGAAACCACUAAUAUUUCUAUCUCUAUGGACUUCCUGUU